AUGGACGCGGGCUUCACAGAUAUGGAUUCAGGAGUCCCCGUGAAGUUCGAACCCCAGGAUGAGAUGUCUGGCUUUCAGGACAGCCUAGUCUUACAGGUACCACCUCUGCCAAACCCACUGCCCUGGGCCGUGUAUAUGCCGCAGAUGCCCAGACAAGGGAGCCCAGCCAGCAUGCUGACCGAAAUGGCGUGCGUGGUGUGCGGGGACAAGUCGAGCGGCAAGCACUACGGCCAGUUCACGUGCGAGGGCUGCAAGAGCUUCUUCAAGCGCAGCAUGGCGAAGAACCUGAGCUUCAGAUGCCAAGGCGACCAAGACUGUCGCGUCAAUCAGCACCGUCGCAAACGGUGCCAGUACUGCCGCUUCAGAAAGUGCCUCGACGUCGGUAUGAAACCAGAGGCAGUGCAAAGCAACAGGAGACCGCUCACCCAGCCAGCCCACGGGCCAUCUGCGCUGACCACCGGGCAACCCUCCGACUGCUAUCCGAACCUGUCUGGGUAUGUUUCUCUGCUCCUCAGUGCAGAGCCCAACCCCUUGCCUUGGUCAGGCUGCCAGUUCACACCGCCCAACACCAUCCUCAGCCUCGAGGACAUUUGCGAACAGGCUGCGCGGAUGCUCUUCGGCGCCGUGGAAUGGGCCCGGAACAUACCCUUCUUCCCGGCCCUGCCAAUCAGCGACCAGGUGGCCAUGCUUCGCCUUACCUGGUGCGAGCUGUUCAUGCUGAACUGGGCGCGGUGCCCCAUGCCACUCCACGUGGUCCCGUUCCUGGCCUCGACCUGCUUACACAACACGCCCAUGUCUUCGGACCAAGUUGCUGUCUUUAUGGACAACGUCCGGAUCUUCCAAGAGCAAACCGAGAAGCUCAAAGCUCUGCAAGUCGACCCCACCGAGUACAGCUGCCUCAAGGCCAUCGUCCUGUUCACUUCAGACGCCAGCGGUCUCUCCGAUGCGGCGCAAGUGGAAAGCUUGCAGGAGAAGUCCCAGUGCGCCCUGGAGCAAUACGUUAGGAACCAGUACAACGACCAACCAACGCGAUUCGGAAAGCUUUUGCUUCGCCUCCCUUCCUUCCGCACCGUGUCCUCCGCAGUCAUAGAGCAGUUAUUUUUCAUCCACCUGGUAGGUAAAACCCCCAUCAAAACCCUCAUCCGGGGUAUGUUACUGUCAGGUAACAGUUACAGCAGUAAUAACUAGCCGUACGUGGCACUUCAAAAAAUGAGUCAAAAUAAGAAUGGGGCAGGGGGCCGAAACGGAGAGAGCAAAAAGGUAGACUGGUUUCUUUGCUUAAUACUGGUAAAGGAUAUAAAAGGGAUGUUACAAGUUUGCCAGAAGAAGGGAGGGAAAGAAUUUAAUGGACUGUGAGUUUGAAAAAAAAAAAAAAAAAGAGAGACCGUCAAAUGAACUUUUACAGAAUACCAAAAAACCCCCACAAAACACCAAAAAA